AUGUUGGUGUUAAACUGCUCCACCAAAUUACUGAUACUGGAGAAAAUGUUGAAGAGUCACUUUCCUGAAUCACUCAAGGUGUAUGGAGCAGUGAUGAACAUAAAUCGUGGUAAUCCCUUUCAAAAGGAAGUAGUAUUGGACUCAUGGCCCGACUUCAAAGCUGUCAUCACCCGGCGACAGAGAGAGGCUGAGACGGAUAACCUUGACCAUUACACAAAUGCAUAUGCUGUGUUCUACAAAGAUAUCAGCGCUUACCAACAGCUAUUGGAAGAUCAUGACGUUAUCAACUGGGACCAAGUUUUUCAGAUACAAGGGCUGCAAGGUGAAUUAUAUGCUGUUUCCAAAGCCGUUGCCAAGGCAAAGCUGUUGGAUUUGGAUAUACAGCUGUCUUCCUUCAAGGCUGUCCAUUUUUCUCCUGUUUCAUCUGUGCCAGACCACAGUUUCCUAACUGGGCCUACCCCGAGACUGACCUUCCUGAGCGUCUCAGAUGCUGAUCUCCUCAACCGGACUUGGUCCCGUGGCGGCAACCAGCAGUGCCUGCGGUACAUAGCCAAACUCAUCGAGUGCUUUCCCAGCGUGUGUGUGCGUGACGAGCAGGGAAACCCCGUGUCCUGGGGUAUCACCGACCAGUUUGCCACCAUGUGUCAUGGCUACACCCUACCUGACCAUCGCAGGAAAGGUUACAGUCGACUGGUGGCCCUCACACUGGCCAGGAAGUUGCAAAGUCGUGGAUUCCCCUCCCAGGGAAAUGUCCUGGAUGACAAUGUGGCUUCUAUAAACCUCCUGAAGAGUGUCCAUGCUGAGUUCUUGCCUUGUCGGUUCCAUAGGCUUAUUCUCACCCCUGCGGCUUUCUCUAGACAAACUCACCUUUAGCUCAG